UGGCGGACCAUUUAAUACGUCGGGGCAUUCGCGUUAAAAGCACGCAGCUCCGCUUGCUUUUUUCCUUCUUCGCCGUUUCAACGUCGCAGCAAGGCGAGGGAAGAGCAAUCGGAGAAGGAACGUAGAGAGUCGGGUCAACAUCCAUGGCUUCGAGGCGGAUCAUCAAGGAAUUGAAGGAUCUGCAGAAGGAUCCCCCUACUUCUUGCAGCGCAGGCCCCGUGGCUGAAGACAUGUUCCAUUGGCAAGCAACGAUAAUGGGUCCACCAGACAGUCCAUAUGCAGGGGGUGUCUUUCUUAUUACCAUCCACUUCCCUCCAGAUUAUCCCUUUAAGCCGCCUAAGGUUGCUUUCAGGACAAAGGUUUUUCAUCCAAAUAUUAACAGCAACGGAAGCAUUUGCUUGGACAUCUUAAAAGAGCAAUGGAGUCCGGCAUUAACUAUCUCCAAGGUUCUUCUUUCCAUUGGUUCCCUCUUAACUGAUCCAAACCCAGACGACCCGCUGGUUCCUGAGAUUGCUCAUAUGUACAAGACAGAUAGGACCAAGUAUGAAACGACAGCUAGGAGCUGGACCCAGAGGUACGCAAUGGGAUGAAACAUUGCAGAUGGCAUGAGAGAUGGAGGUGGCUUCGCGGUAUCGUAUAUUUGUUUACAAGAACUAAUUGUUUAUAGUAUUAAAAUAUCCUACAUGUGUGUCAUUCGGUCAACUAAACGACUGUCAAGCAUCUGUUUCUGGUUUAAGAUAACUCUGUUUGCUACCUUGUUAACAUUUGCUUGCCUUUCUUGUAAUGAGCCAUGAUUUCUUGGAUCAUUUUUUAUGGUCCAGGAGAUGGAUCAUUUAUAUUUA